AUGUCACAAGAAAAAUUUUAUAUCUAUCUAUCUAUCUAUCUAUCUUCAUCUAUCUAUUUGAUCUAUCUAUCUAUCUAUCUAUCUAUCUAUCUAUCUAUCUAUCUUAUCUAUUCAUCCAUCUAUCUCAUAUAUUUAUCUAUCUAUCCAUUCAUCUAUUUAUCUUAUCGUAUCUAUCUAUCUAAAUCUAUUUAUUUUCAUCUAGACAUUUUUCAUAUCUAUCAUUCAUCUAUCUAUCUAUCUAUCUAUCUAUCUAUUCAUCUAUCUAUCUCAACUAUCUAUCUAUCUAUUUAUCUAUUUGUCUAUUUAUCUAUCAUUCAUCUAUCUCUAUCUAUCUAUCUAUAUUUCUAUCUAUCUAUCAUCUAUUAUCAUUUAUCUAUCUAUCUAUCUAUCUAUCUAUCUAUCUAUCUAUUCAUAUCAUCUAUCUAUCUAUUAUCUAUUCAUAUCUAUUCAUCUAUCUAUUCAUCUAUCUAUCUAUUCAUCUAUCUAUCUCAGUCUAUUAUAUAUCUAUCUAUCUAUUCAUAUAUAUCUAUCUAUCUAUCUAUCUAUCUAUCUAUCUAUCUAUCAUUCAUCUAUCUAUCUAUCUAUAUCUAUCUAUUCAUCUGUCUGUGUCUAUCUAUCUAUCUAUUCAUCUAUCUAUUUUUAUCUAUCUAUCUCAUUUAUAGCCCUAAUAUGUUACCUCUUCCUUUGCCUUUUAGUAUAGCCCUAAUAUGUUACCUCAUCCUUUGCCUUUUAGUAUAG